CCGGCGAAUGCGGAAGUAGAGCGAACAACAACCAGAGAUUGAGGAAAACGAGACAUAAACAGAAUCUAGACAGGAAAGAUGUUUCCUCGAAUUUAGAUCAAGUCAACGUUAUUUAUAACUUCAAGAGGAAAGGGGCUUUUUCGAAAGGUGGCCAGAUGGACAUAUUUGUGUAUUUGCUUUGAGGAUGGACUGUGGGGCCACUGUCAAGCAUUUGGAGAGCUCAGAAGACCUCCAGAAGCCCACUGAUGAAGAGUCAUGUGAGGAAGAAAUGGACACAUCAGAGGCCAAGUGGCGCUGGUUCUACCUUGCGGAGUGUGGCGUCUGGCAUAUGUUUGAAGAAGUUCCCAGCACAGGUUGUUCUGUCACCAAUGAGCAAAUUGAACAAAACUACAUCAAGAAUCAACAUGCUUCAAUGGACUUCUAUACUGCUAAAUAUACCUAUAAAUUAGACUUUUCUGCUAUGAAACAAGUUAAUGUGACUACUGGAAAAGAAAGGCCAAUCAAAAGGGCAUUGCAUUCAGCUACUGACUUUAGAUUUAUCUGUGAUAACCCAGCCCUUCCUGUACCCAGUCACUGGGAAAGAGUUAAUACAGAAGAACCCUAUCAGCUUAUUGCUUUAUGCAGAGAUACGUUUGAGUACAAAGAAGUGGCCCGCUUAUAUGAGAGAACCAUGAGCCAGCCCGUCAGAUCCAUUCAAAGAGUACAGAACCUGGACCUGUGGGAGUUUUUCUGCAGGAAAAAGGCCCAGUUAAGAAAGAUAAAACGUGUUAUAGAUGUUGAAGAAAAGAUGCUUUUUCAUGGAACCGGUCACAGUAAUAUACAGGCCAUAUGCACAUACAACUUUGAUUGGCGUCUCACAGGAAGCCACGGCGACGUCUAUGGCAAAGGUAGUUAUUUUGCACGUGACGCAAGAUAUUCAAGCAAGUUUUGUCAUUCGACUAGCAAGCACAACUUUAUCCUACAGAGACAUGGUCUAGCGCCCCCUGUUUUCCAGAGCGACCCACCGUACAAGUGCAUGUUCCUGGCACGGGUUCUAGUUGGGGAAUAUACGCUGGGUCACCCCCAGUAUUGCAGACCACCAUCCAAAGACAUGAGCAUUGCCAACUUUUUUGACAGCUGUGUAGAUGAUAUGAUGAGCCCGAAGAUCUUUGUUAUAUUCGACAGCAACCAGAUCUACCCGGAAUACCUGAUUGAAUUUUACUGACAUCAAAGACCAAAAGGAAAUCAGUGAAUUUUCAAAAGAAUUAACAGCGUUUUCAUUCUGAUGAACAUACUGCUCUGUGUGGUUGUGGCUGGUUACUGCAAAAGUGCCUUUGGUGAAAAAAUGUGAAUGGACAAUAUACUGUGUCUAGGGGGCAAGGUUAAAACAUAUUAAUAGUUUAUAUGGAUUACAUGAUCAAUUUUAUGUUUUUUAUAACAUAUUCAUUUAUGAUACAAAACAUUCAUAUGAAUAUUAUUUCAUGGAAUGAAAUGAAAAAACAAAAAUUAAUUUGGAAUUUUAUUGCAUGAAACAUGGCAUAACGUUUACGUUAUUUACUUUUGUAAUUUCCAGCAAUCCUGCCUUGUGGAAAAAGCGCUGGUAGAAUGUGAUUCCAUGAAAAGUAUGUACCCUGAGUUAUGUUUUUCAAAUCUGCACAUGCAACAUUUUAUUACUAUUAUUUUUCAUAGCCUACCUCUCCACAAUUCUACCUCUUCUCAUAUAUUUUCAAAAGACAACAACAAAGAAACUCUUGAUUGCCAAGAGUCUUCAAACACCCAUAUGUUUAAAAUGGAAAUUGAAUGAUGUCUUUAAAUUGUGAUGAAAUGGACAUAGCGACAGAUCGUUUCUUCCAUAUUGUGACAUACAUCUGAGUGAAGCGGGUUAUCGGAAAAGAAAAAAAAUGUAGGGUGGGGACAUCUGUGUGGAGGCACAUCUAAAUGAGUUUUUGCAAUUAAUAAUUACAAUGUCAAAAUAAAUAAUUAUAAAUGUAUAAAACAUAAAUAAAUAAAACAUGCAUGGAAGAGUCAUUCAAAAUAAGAUGAAUAACAUGCAUUUAGAAAAUAAGACAAAUCAUGAAAUUCUAGCACUUUUAAAAAGUACUAUAAAAAAUUAAAAGUAUGUCCUCUGCCCAUUCAUUGAUUACACAUUUUGCCUAUUUUGCUUAAUUUACUUCAAACCAGCAAUAACAAUGUGAUACUCUCAACUAUGUUUAAUAUCUUUUUGCCAAAUCCAUUUGUCAUAUCUUCAUGGAAAAAAAAAAAAAAAACAUAAAAUAAAAUCAAUGGAUGUAUGCACAGUCCAUUAUACUGAUCUAUACUAAAGA